ACAUUGCAACAAUAUGUUUAAAGUCCAGCCGACAAAAUUUAGAAAGGUUUCCUUUGUGGAAUAGACAGAGGAGAAGCCCGAGGGAGCUGAGACCUGCAGAAAGAAGCGGCGUGGCGGAAGCCCUACCAGCUGAACAUGGAAGGAGCUCUGGUAGCCCGGGAUAGAGUCGGGGUUCAAGAUUUUGUCCUCUUGGAUUCCCACACAAGUGAAUCUGCCUUCUUGGACAACCUUCGCAAGCGAUACCGGGAGAACCUCAUAUACACAUACAUUGGGACUCUCCUGGUUUCUGUGAAUCCAUACAAGGAACUGGACAUCUAUACGGUUAAGCAGAUGGAGCAAUAUAAAGGAGUCAACUUCUUUGAACUGCCACCACACAUUUACGCCAUAGCUGACAACGCCUACCGGAUCAUGUGCACGGAAUACAAUAACCACUUCAUCCUGAUCUCUGGGGAGAGCGGAGCUGGGAAGACCGAAGCCUCCAAGAAAAUACUUCAGUACUUUGCAAUGACCUGUCCCACCACAGAGCAGUUGCAGAUCGUCCGGGAUCGUCUGCUUCUCUCCAAUCCUGUCCUGGAGGCUUUUGGAAAUGCAAAAACUUUACGGAAUGACAACUCGAGCAGGUUUGGAAAGUACAUGGACAUCCAGUUUGAUUUUAAGGGAGCUCCCGUUGGUGGGCACAUCCUCAGCUACCUGAUAGAGAAAUCUCGCGUCGUUCACCAGAAUCCCGGGGAACGGAACUUCCACAUCUUCUACCAGUUGCUGGAAGGCGGGGAAGAAGACCUUCUUCAUAGACUUGGCCUGGAACGCAGACCUCAGAAGUACAUGUACCUAGUACAGGUUGGGUGCUGUGCCAAAGUGCCUUCCAUUAAUGACAGGAGCGACUGGAGAAUGGUCCACAAAGCGUUCACCGUCAUUGACUUUACGGCGAGAGAUAUUGAGAACCUGUUUGGCAUCAUUGCAAGCGUCUUGCACCUGGGCAACAUCCAGUUUGAGGAGGAUAGCAACGGCCAUGCCAUCAUCACCAGAGGCACCCAGAUCAAGUGGAUCUCAAAGCUUUUGGGCGUCCACCUCUCCAUUCUGCAAGAAGCUCUUACCCACCGAAAAAUUGAGGCCCGGUUUGAAGAGGUUUUAAGCCCAUUGGACGUGGACUUGGCGUUUUAUGCUCGAGACGCGGUAGCAAAGGCGAUCUACGGACGGACAUUUACUUGGCUGGUCAACAAAAUCAACGGCUCUUUAGCAAACAAGGAUAUCACCGAAAAAACCGUGAUUGGGUUACUAGAUAUUUAUGGCUUUGAAGUCUUUGAGACAAACAGUUUUGAGCAGUUCUGCAUCAACUACUGCAACGAGAAGCUGCAGCAGCUACUAAUAGAGAUGACCUUGAAGGCAGAACAAGAAGAGUAUGAGCACGAAGGCAUUGAGUGGGAAACAGUCCCAUAUUUCAACAACAAGAUUAUAUGUGACCUGGUGGAACAGAAACACAAGGGGAUCAUUUCCAUACUGGGGAAAUCCAGCACGGUUUGGAUUCAGAACCAAAGGCGUUGUCAUUUCCUUCUCCUUUUAAGGACGAAGAAUGCUUGCGGCCCGGCGAAGCGACCGACCUCAGUUUCCUGGAAAAGUUGGAGGAGAAAGCGAAAGCUUGCAGAUCAGAAGACACGGAAAUCCAUCGACUGGGUGGACUUCCGCCUCCUUCACUAUGCCGGGGAGGUGACCUAUUGCACAGUAGGAUUUUUGGAGAAAAAUAACGAUCUGCUCUACCGGAACCUUAAAGAGGUGCUCUGCAAGUCUAAAAAUGGCAUCCUCAGAGAAUGUUUCCACCUGUCAGAGCUGGACAACCGGAAAAGGCCUGAGACAGUUGCGACUCAGUUCAAAACGAGCCUGGCCAGUUUGAUCGACAUCCUCAUGUCCAAGGAGCCGUCCUACAUUAGGUGCAUUAAACCCAAUGACGACAAGGAGCCCGACAAAUUUGAUGACUCCUUGAUAAAGCACCAGGUGAAGUACCUGGGAUUGAUGGAGCACCUGCGAGUGAAGCGAGCCGGCUUUGCUUACCGACGGAAAUAUGAGCACUUCCUGCAAAGGUAUAAGUCCCUGUGCCCGGACACGUGGCCUCAAUGGCAGGGGACAGCUGCCAAGGGAGUGGAGAAACUCGUAAAACAUAUCGGCUUCAAACCAGAAGAGUAUAAGCUGGGAAGGACCAAACUAUUCAUUCGUUUCCCGAGGACUCUGUUUGCCACUGAAGAUGCCUAUGAAUACAGAAAACACCGGCUGGUUUCCAGAAUACAAGCCAAAUAUAGAGGAUGUAUAGGGAAGCGGGAGUUCCAGAAGAUGAAACAAGCUGCCAUCAGAUUGGAGGCCCGCUGGAGAGGGGUCCUGGCGCGAAAGCAUGCCAAGAAGAGGAUGUGGGCGGCCCAGACGAUCCGGAAGUACAUCAAAGGUUUCAUCCUCCGGAAGCAGCCCCUCUGCCCCGAGAACAUCGAUUUUGUGAGGCUCGCACAGUACAACUAUCUCCUAAGGCUGAGGGACCACAUUCCAAGGACCGUCUUGGACCCGCGCUGGCUCAAGCCCCCACAGGUCAUGGAAGAGACGUCGGAGUUCCUGAAGAAGAUUUGCCUGAGGAACCUCGUCCGGAAAUACUGCCGUGGCAUUCCAGCGGAGAAGAAAGCGCAGAUGCAGCAAAAGAUGGUUGCCAGUGACCUCUUCCGUGGGAAGAAGGCCGGCUACGCGGAGAGCUUGAACGAACCAUUUGUGGACACCAGGAGAAAUGAGAGUGACCUCAGUCCCAAAAUCCUGCAGAUGAUCCGCCACGAGAAGGUGAAGUACGUAACACCGGUGGUGAAGUUUGACCGGAACGGCUUCAAACCCAGAGAGCGGCUGCUUGUUUUGACACGCGUGACAGCUUACGUGGUGGACACGGCCAAGAUCAAGCAGAAGAUUGAUUACGCGAUGAUCAAAGGCAUUUCUGCCAGCACUCUGAGUGACAGUAUCUUAGUCAUCCACGUUUCAGAAGACAGUAAGCAAGAGAAGGGAGAUGCAAUUCUACAGUGUGAGCACUUUUUCGAGACCAUCACAAAACUCUGCAUGCUGGCCAACAAACAGGAAGAAGUCAAGGUGGUUGAGGGAAGCCUCCAGUUCCAAAUCAGUUCGGGGAAAGAAGGAACCAUGGUUUUCACCACUGGCCACGAGUCUCAGAUCUACAAAGCCAAAACCGGAGAGCUGACCGUGGUAUCAACCCAAAUAAAAUCUUGAUGGAAACAAACGAGUUCUCGAUAUGCCUCUUUACCAGACCUGCUUGGAAAAGAAAGUGACCCGACCCACUCGCGACCUGUACGGAGAAGAGAAGCCGCAUCUGUCGAUCAACCAGAAUUCGGAUCUUUACGAGGAGGCACCCUGAUGCCAUACGACUUGUUGCAGUGAGCUCAUGACCUGCAUUUUAAGUCUGUCCUGUUUUUGUUUUUUUUAAAAAAAGCAAUACCACAAAGACACAAACGGUUUAGCUGUUAAUAGUAGACCCCGUUACUGUCUAUAAACACCCCAACAACUGAUGUUAAAUUAGGGCUGUAUUUCUGUCGUAACUUGCCUCUGAAACGAAGUUGACAAAGGCGUCGUGCUCCAUGCUGAGAGAUCUCGCAGAUUUCCUUCCCAAAUAUUCUGGGCAAUCUUUUAACAGAGGCCACCCAGCUGUCCCUGACGGUAGCGUAAGUCACAGCCGUCCUCAAUUUUGCCCAGCUGCUGUUUUGAAGUGGAAGCUGAGAUUCCCGCUUUUGGGGCCAGCUCCUGCACAGCGGCGGGCAAAGAUGCCACUCCUGAAAUCGUGCCUCCGCCUUCCUCUCUGUACUAGCGUCAUGUGAUGUGUUGAAAAAUUAAAAGGAUGAAGGGAAAACUGGCUUUAAAAUG